AUGGACGGCGCUCUCGGAGAUCCCGUCACGGCGGCGGAGGGUGGCCACCUCCUACCCCCCGCCUUCGUCGAUCCGAUUUCGCGCCUCUUCUCCAAUCUCAUGGAUUUCAUCCUCGGAAAGUCCGAUCAAUGCCUUGUUAAUGGAGGCGGCGGCGAUCUCAGCGUCGGCUCCUUCCUCCGCCGUGGCCUCGCCUCUUUUCUGGAGAAGGAGAAGAAGGGUACAUCUGUGGGAAGAUGGAGCAAGCGAUCGCUGCAGCAGGCGGUUUUCGCGAUGCACGAGAGCAUACAGCGGACCUACACCUCCGCCGACGAUCUCUCCGGCCUCGACUACAAUGCCGAAAAGGACUACGUUCUCUUCCCCGGCGAGGAGAUCACCGUCGCCGGCGGAUACUCCGGCAUCGUCAACCACCUCGCCUCCGUCCUCCCCGACGAGGUCAUCCAAUUAGACCGAAAAGUCAAAAAAAUUGAGUGGGCCCCAUCCGCCGCCUCCUGCGAAAGCGGCCGCCCCGUCGCUCUACAUUUCAGCGACGGAACGGCCAUGUCCGCGGACCACAUCAUCGUGACGGUGUCCCUCGGGGUGCUCAAGGCCGGGACCACCAGUAGCGGCGAGGGAUGGAAUCUGUUCCAUCCCUCGCUGCCCAGCUGCAAGGCCGGAGCCAUUUCCAGGCUCGGCUACGGCCUUGUUAAUAAGGUGUUUUUGCGUCUUAGCCCGAAUUACCGUGGCGACGACGGGUUCCCGUUCCUGCAAAUGGUGUUCCAUCCCUCGGAUUCCGAGCUGAGGAACCCGAAGGUUCCUCAGUGGAUCCGGAGGACGUGGUUUCUAUGUCCUAUUUAUAGCAACUCGAGAACAGUCUUGUCCUGGUUCACAGGGCAGGAGGCCCUCGAGUUGGAAAAGCUGACUGAUGACGAGAUCAUCGGCGGCUUUUGGAGGACGGUGUCGAAUUUGUUGCCAUCACAGCAACAGAAUGAAAUCAGCCAGAAAUUCGAUAAAGUGUUGAGGACACAAUGGGGGAGUAAUCCGCUGUUUUUGGGAUCAUACAGCUACGUGGCAGUUGGUUCGAGUAUAGAUGACAUGGACACAUUGGCUGAGCCGCUGCCGAAAUACGGCGGCGUGGAUUCAGCUACGCCGCCGCUGCAAAUCCUUUUCGCCGGCGAAGCAACGCAUAAAACGCAUUACUCGACGACUCAUGGAGCCUACUUCAGUUGUCACGCCCGCAUUUCCUAA